AUGCAUGAUUCGGUGCAUGAUCUAGCUAUGUAUGUUGCAAGUGUGGACUUUAGGGGAACUUCUUAUGUCCGCCAUCUGUCUUUGACUGAAAACACAGGGCUUGAUGAAAUUCCAUUUUCACAAUUAGUCUUUACGAAGAGCAUAUUAUUUCCUAUUGUUGGAGUUGGAUCAAACAGUACAACUUUCUUGAAUAGAUGCAUGUCAGCAUGUAAACACCUGCGGGUUUUUUUUGAUUUAAGCUAUUCUGCAUAUGAGACCUUGCCGGCCAUUGGGAAGUUGGUGCUUUUAAAAUAUCUCAGUCUUGAGAAUAGUAAAAAGAUUAAGAGACUUCCAGAUUCUAUUUGCAACUUCCUGAGGCUAAAAAAAAACGUGAUCAGUCUCCAACAUUUGGAGAUAACAACAAAGCAACAUGUUACCACUGAAGGCAUGGCAUUGGUGAAGCAUGCCGAAGAUGCAGCUAGUAACAAAAAGGCAGAUAAAAAAGAUAUUGUUAGUACGCAGGACAAGGUUUUUGUUCGGAAGGUGAUUGAGUUUCAUGACAAGUACUUGGCAUAUGUGAACUCAUGUUUCCAGAAUCACACUCUUUUCCACAAGGCUCUUAAAGAGGCUUUUAAGGUCUUUUGCAACAAAGGUGUUGCUGGAAACUCUAGUGCAGAACUUCUUGCCACUUUUUGUGAUAACAUUCUCAAGAAAGGAGGAAGUGAAAAAUUGAGUGAUGAAACAAUUGAAGAAACUCUUGAAAAGGUGGUAAAGCUGCUCGCCUAUAUUAGUGACAAAGACUUGUUUGCUGAGUUCUACAGGAAAAAUCUUGCUCGAAGGCUUCUUUUUGAUAAGAGUGCCGAUGAUAAUCAUGAGAGAAGUAUUUUGACCAAAAUUUUCGCAGGUGAAGGAGAUACGAUAUACGCAGCCGCAUUGCAGAUGGAACUGUUGCACUGUAUCUGA